AUGGACUGUCUCCUGCUGGUCGUCUGGACUUUACCUGCCGCGAUUCUCAGCGGCAGCUCCAUGCAGUUCCCGACCUUCCUGUGGCUUGGAAACGCUGUAAAGACCCUUCAGCUGUGUUGCCUCUGUUGCAUGUCUCAUGCAGCAAGUUUAACCAGUGACAGCAUCAGUAGCAGUGAAUUAAACCAUGAUUAUGUCUUUGUGACACCCGUCAAAGUGGAUGCCAGUGGAUCAUACAUUUCACACAAUGUUUUGCACAGUACUAGGAAAAAGAGAUCAACUCACAGUUCAAGGAGUUCCUUGCACUACAAAUUUUCAGCAUUUGGACAGGAGCUUCACUUAGAACUUAAGCCUUCAACCAUUUUAAGCAACAGUUUUGUUGUCCAGGUACUUGGGAAAGAUGGAGUCUCAAAGUCUCAGGAACAUGAAAUUGAGCAGUGUUUCUACCAGGGAUUUAUAAGGAACGAUAGUACCUCAUCAGUAGCAAUAUCUACAUGUGUAGGCUUGUCAGGUUUGAUAAGGACACGGAAGAUCGAAUUCCUUAUAUCUCCAUUACCUCAGCAGCUGGCGCAGGAGCACAACUACACAUCACCUGCUGGGCACCAUCCUCAUGUCUUAUAUAAACGAACAGCUGAAGAAAAGGUGCACCGGUACACAGUAGAGUCCAAUCCCAAAUCCUUUUCUCUUGGCCAUCAUAGAACUCACAUUUACCACAAGUAUCACACGCAAGCGAAUGGUUACCAUCAUGGAAGGUUUCAAAAGCAACAUUUUUGUGGACGUCGCAAGAAAUAUGCACCUAAGCCACCCACAGAAGAGACAUAUAUUCGUUCAGAUGAAUAUGGGACUUCUGCUAGGUUCAGGAGAUCAUCUGCUAAAAUUCAGAAAAAUGGAAGUCUAAAUGUUGAAACUCUUGUUGUGGCAGAUAAAAAAAUGGUGGAGAAACAUGGCAAGGAAAAUGUAACAACAUACAUUUUAACAGUUAUGAAUAUGGUUUCUAGUCUGUUUAAAGAUGGAACAAUUGGAAGUGACAUAAACAUUAUCGUUGUGAGCCUCCUCCUUUUGGAACAAGAGCCUGGUGGAUUACUGAUUAACCACCAUGCGGACCAGUCACUGAAUAGCUUUUGUCAAUGGCAAUCUGCUCUAGUUGGGAAGAAUGGAAAGCGCCACGACCAUGCCAUCUUGCUUACAGGUUUUGAUAUCUGCUCCUGGAAAAAUGAGCCCUGUGAUACUUUAGGAUUUGCACCUAUCAGUGGUAUGUGCAGCAAAUACCGUAGCUGUACCAUUAAUGAAGAUACAGGCCUUGGACUGGCUUUUACAAUUGCUCAUGAAUCUGGACACAACUUUGGUAUGAUUCAUGAUGGAGAAGGAAAUCCUUGUAGAAAAGCUGAGGGAAAUAUUAUGUCUCCCACACUCACAGGAAACAAUGGAGUGUUUUCUUGGUCUGUAUGCAGCAGGCAGUAUCUCAACAAAUUUCUCAGUACAGCUCAAGCUGCCUGCCUGAUUGAUGAACCUAAGCAAACUGGACAGUAUAAAUACCCUGACAAACUGCCAGGGCAGAUGUAUGAUGCUGACACCCAGUGCAAAUGGCAAUUUGGAAUAAGAGCAAAAGUGUGCAACCUCAGCUUUGUAAAGGAUAUUUGCAAAUCUCUCUGGUGCCAUAAAGUGGGUCACAGAUGUGAAACAAAAUUCAUGCCAGCAGCAGAAGGAACAGCUUGUGGUAUAAAUAUGGUACCACUAACUCUGAUGGGAUAUUUUUUGGCAUUCUUUUGGCAGUGGUGUCGAAGAGGACAGUGUGUCAAAUAUGGUGAUCAUGGACCCAAGCCUGUAAAUGGCCACUGGUCUGCCUGGUCUGAGUGGUCACAGUGUACUCGGACUUGUGGAAGUGGGGUCACAUAUCAAGAAAGACACUGCAACAAUCCAAAGCCACAGUAUGGUGGCAAAUUCUGCCAAGGUUCCAGUCGUAUUUAUGAACUUUGCAAUAAUCAGCCAUGUCCAGCAAAUAGUUUGGACUUCCGUGCCCAGCAGUGUGCAGAAUACAACAGCAAACCUUUCCGGGGAUGGUACUACAAAUGGAAACCAUAUACUAAAGUGGAAGAGGAAGAUAGAUGUAAAUUGUACUGCACAGCUGAAGACUUUGACUUCUUCUUUGCAAUGUCCAGCAAAGUGAAGGAUGGAACCUUGUGUUCUCCUAAUAAUUACGACGUUUGCAUUGAUGGAAUUUGUGAACAAGUAGGGUGUGAUCAUGGACUUGGUUCCAAAGCUGUACUGGAUGCUUGUGGAGUUUGUAAAGGAGAUAAUUCAACAUGCAAGUUCUUUAAAGGCCAAUACUUGAUCCAGCACAAAGCUAAUGACUACUAUGCUGUGGUCACUGUCCCAGCAGGAGCACGCAGCAUUCACCUCCAUGAAAUGCAGAUCUCCACCAGCUACCUCGCAGUGCGCAAUCUCAGUAAAAAGUAUUAUCUAACAGGAGACUGGACAAUUGACUGGCCAGGAAAGUUUCCUUUUGCUGGAACAGUUUUUGAUUAUCAGCGCUCAUUUAACCAUCCAGAGAGUCUAUAUGCAGCUGGACCAACUAAUGAGACGCUGGUCUUUGAAAUCCUGCUACAAGGCAAAAAUCCUGGGAUUGCUUGGGAAUACACAUUUUCCAAAAUGAACGAGAACAAGACAUCUGUCAAAAAGCACAGCCACUCCUGGGUGACAGUGCAGUCAGAGUGCUCAGCUACCUGUGGUGGGGGACACAUUACAGCAAAAGCAAUUUGUUUGGAAGAUCAUCGUACACGAGUUAAUUCCUCUUUUUGUGGUCCACGGAUGAAGCCUUUAAUUGAAACAAAACUAUGCAAUACUAAUCCUUGCCCAGCACACUGGUCAGCAGGUGAAUGGAGUGCAUGCAGCAAAUCUUGUGGAGGAGGGCAACAAAGUCGUCUCAUCCAGUGUGUCCAGAAAAAGGCUUUCCAAAGGGAGGAGGUAGUUGCCCAUUCCCUGUGUCCUGUUAGCACCCCUACACAAGUGCAGAUAUGCAAUAGUCAAGAAUGCCCACCUGAAUGGAGCCCUGGACAAUGGUCUCAGUGCUCCAAGACUUGUGGGAGAGGUGUUAAGAAGCGGGAUGUCUACUGCACAAGUACUACUUCUCCCAAGCUUAAAAUCUUGCCUGAAAGUAUGUGCAGCCAAGACCAUAAACCUGAAUCCCAGCAGACCUGUGUGCUAGGACGCUGCCCCAAAAAUGACCGGCUCCAGUGGGUGAUUGCUUCCUGGAGUGAGUGCUCAGCCUCCUGUGGCCCAGGUGUACGCAAGCGAGAACUAAAAUGUGGUGAGAAAAGCAUCCAUGGGAAAUUAAUUACCUUUCCUCAGAGAAGAUGUAGAAACAUCAAGAAACCAAACAUAGACCUGGAAGAAGCUUGUAACAAUGGACCUUGUCCAUCCCAAACUUUGUAUAACAUGGUGUCUGGCUGGUAUUCCUCACCCUGGCAGAAGUGUACAGUAACAUGUGGUGGGGGAGUGCAAACCCGGAGCGUGCAGUGCCUACGCCAAGGGAGACCAGCCUCUGGGUGCCUGCCCCAUCAGAAACCAGCAAUCCUGAGAGCCUGCAAUACUAACUUUUGCCCAGCCCCUUCAAAAAGAGAUGAUCCUUCUUGCGUGGAUUUCUUCAGCUGGUGUCAUCUGGUACCCCAGCACGGUGUCUGUAACCACAAAUUCUAUGGCAAGCAAUGUUGUAAAUCAUGCACAAAGAAGAACUGAUAGCAGCAUGUUAUCCGAACCCUUCACUGGCAAAAUUUUCUUCUUCAAUUUAUGUUGAAAUUAACUUUGCUUUGAGCCAAGACAUGGUGCCAUGUAAACCACUGAUGGAAGAGACAUUUUUUUUAAGGGAAUGUCUGAGGUACAGUAAUUGUUGGAUAUAUGUUGAAAAAUGAAUGUUUUUUUUUUUUUUUAUUUGCUGACCUCACUAAAGUACAGGGUACUAUGGAUCACUUGAACACUCAGACUCAAGGGGCAGUUCUUUCCUUACAAGUGUCACUUUGCACUGUCACGUUAUGAGGAAGAAAAUCAGGCAAGGAUGCCUUUUGUGGCUAAUUUAGCAGAAUGCAAAGCAAACGAGAUUGGGAUCUCAAGGAAUAAGGUUACAGCAUGGCAGCAUGACAGAUCACAGAAUCAGAAGUGUCUCCUUUUUUUAUCUUUUAUGAUAAUAUCGUCCCAGGGCAAGGAAGCUGUUUACUGCCAUUUUCACAGAAAGACUUUCAAAUGACUGUUUGGAGAACCCAGUGUCACACGUGUGACCACGAGAAGUAAAUAGUGCACUACAAAGAUA